UGUGUUCCAAUGUCAAUGGUAACUGUCGACUUCGACUUUGUAAUCUCUAAUAUUAUACCGAAGAUAGAAGGCAUUACCCGAAACGAAAAUGAAAAAGGCAAAGACAAGAUCAAGAGCGAGGUAACAAGCCGUCUUGAUGCCGCCCUCAACAAAUUGUAUCAUAUCUGGAAUGAGAUUGGCAUCUGUGAAUCCCAGAUGCAGGAGCGUGCUGGGACUGUAUCUCAUCAUCUGUGCAACCUACUGGAGGAGAUGGUAGAAGAGGAAUCAGUACUCCGCACACAGAUACAACAAAACAUUGUCACAUACAGUGAUGAUAUCAAGAAAAUCUCAGGGGAAUUGGUGGUAACCCCAUUUGUGCCCAAGGAGUCGCUGACCAUGCUUCAGAAGGAGAAAGAGUUGAGGGCCAAGCUGGAAGGUCUGCAGCAGGAGAAGUCAUCCCGGAUGAAGAGCCUGAAGACUCUGCGGGACAAAGACCAAAAUCUGUGUGAGAUGCUUUGUGCCACACCCUACUAUGUUGCAUCUGGCACAGUGCCAACAAGGGACCAACUCAAGGACUUGGAGAAACACAUUGGAUCCCUCUCAGCAGAAAAAGAAACUCGUCACACAGAAUUUGUACAGACCAAGAAACUUAUCAUUGACCUGUUCAAUGAAAUGGAUCGAAGCCCUGACACAUCAUUCGAGAGAGAUAUCAUGUGUGAAGAUGAUGAUGCUUUCCAGCUGUCCACACAAAACAUGAGGACCCUGAAAGCCCUUCACAAUGAGCUUGAAAAGAAGAAGGAUGACAUGAAGCAGACAACUUUGAGCCUGUGGUUGCAGAUCCAUGCAUUGUGGGACAGGUUAGAGAUGGAAGAAAGUGAGCGGGAAGUCUUCAAGAAGGACAAAGACAGUUUUAAACCUCAUGUCAUAAACAGCCUCAAAGAGGAGGUGGCACGGUGUGAAAAACUGAAAUUUCAGAAUGUUCAGAGAUUUGUUGAAGGAAUCCGACGGGAACUGUUGCACUGGUGGGGAAAGUGUUUUUACAGUAAAAAACAGAUGGAUGAGUUUGAGCCACUCUCAGAAGAGCACUAUACUGAAGAGUUGCUGGAGGUGCAUGAGCGGGAGUUGGAGAAGGUCAAGGCUUUUUACGAGAAGUAUCACCGUCUCUUAGACCAGAUUGCCCGACGAGAGGAGCUCUUUGCAAAGCUGAUAGAAUUUGAAAGAAAGGCUAAUGAUCCCAACAGAUACAAGAACAGACGACACAAUUGUCUCCUACAAGAGGAAAAAGAACGCAAGAAACUCAUGAAAGAAUUGCCAAAGGUGGAGGACGAUGUGCGGGAUGCUGUGCGGAACUGGGAGAAGGAGAACAACCGACCGUUCCUGGUAGAGGGGGUCAAGUACGAUGUGUACAUCAUACGCCAGAGAGAGGCAUACAAUGAACAGAAGAUCCGCGAGAAGGAGCAGAGGCAAAAAGCCAAAGCCAAACAAAUUCAGGAAGAGAUGAUCUUUGGUUCAAAACCAGCAACACCUUCCAAGAGGGCAUUUGGUGGCACUACUCCACAGAAAACACCUAACAAAGUCAGAAAGACUGACAGUCAGAUAUCAAUUCACGUCAAUGUUCGUUGUAAGUUGAAUGACACAAACAAAACCCCCGCCUCAGUAAGCAGAAUACAACAUACUAGUGUGUUUGCAUCUCCAUACCGACGUGCGCCAAUGUCCGCCAGUAAGACACCUAACAACAGGUCACAAAAGCGGCGCUCACUGCGCCUUGCUCGAAAAGUGCUAUCGGAGCUCAAUACAGGCCCCACCGACAACGAUUCCAUGUUUAGCCAGACCACGGUAAGCAGCAAGGAUGGUGGGUGUGGCAGCAGCAACGCAAGUCUCGCGUCAACGGGAUCGUACCAAGAUUUUGCUAGAGGCAGUCUGAGUAGCAUGGGUCGGUCUCAAUCCCACAUCUCGUCCGUACUGUCGAAGUAGCAGCAUCUUCCCACCCGCGCCCCACAGCCCAGCCAAGCUACACUGAGUAGACGUAGACGAUGCUUGAUCAUAUUCGACUUGUAUUUUACGCUAGACAAAUGACUAUAUUUUUAACAUGUUCAACAGCUUGUGUUCAAGCUGCAUUGUAAAUUAUGGGUGCGCAUGGUUGUGCGAGUGUUGACGAGAGAUUUCUAUUUCAUCAUGUCAAUUUCACAGGCUGUCUUAUUCUUAUCUGUCUUUCAUCACUUAGAGUCUGGAUAAAUGUUGUUAAUUUUAUUUGUGCGGUGACAAAUAAAAUACAAAAUGGUUAAAUUUUGUUGGCAUUUUGCACAUAACCUUGGAUUUGUCAAAGAGUGGACACAGGAAUCUGUUACUUUCUUUUUCCAUUGUUAUUUUGUUAUGGUGACAGGUGCUUGAAUGCUUAAUGAAAAUAAUACCAUAACUACAAAUGCAUUUGCUGUCAUUUUAGCUUGUACAUAUUUCUGCUCAGGUCAAACACUGAACAAUUAGGUUUCAUUCCACCACUUGUGUUCAUUAUCAGUAUCUACUUCACACAUGAAAUACAUGCACCAAACAUGCCUACACCUAAAUACAUUCAACAUGUUCAUAGCACAUCACUAUGCCAUGUCAUUUCAUGUCAGUUUCACUCAUAUCUGUCCUUCACACCGACCUGUCGGAGAACUAUUUGCACUCAAACACACUACCAGGAAUCUUGCCAUGUAAUUGGAAAGACUGUCGACUUUAAGUACUUGCAAAUAGUGUAAUCAUGAAGGUUGAUGUUAAGAAAAAUAUCUUAUCUGAUGUCAUGAUGUUUUGAAACAAGGGCAUUUGUUAUAUUUGCUGAGAAACUGACAGUCCAAUCUCAUGUUUAAACAAACAGAAGGACAGUCAGCUUCCUACCUUCUGUAUGAAUAACAAGACAAUGAGGAGCAGGAUAGUAAUUGCUCAUAGGCAUUUAGAACAAUUUUAAUAUCAAUUCCUUUUUAUUUAUUUUUUUAAUGAGCUAGGCUAUGUGCAAUUAUUAUCUCCUUGCUGAAGUUAUGCUGGUGCAGUGUCAAACGUGUGGUCCUACAUAAUUUGAGGUGGGUUCGUAUCGUGUUUCCUAAUGCAUGCUUUCUUUGAAGAGGAGUAGGUGGCCAGCUAGCGUGUUUGUGUAAAUCACACUGUAUCAUUUGCCAUAGACAUCAGUAUCAAUGUAUCUAAGCUGACAUACACUGUAUAUAUGCUUGAUGUAUAUAAUGUAAUAAAUAUAUAUAAUAACA